AUGAGUAACAAUAAAGAUAGCGGCAGUAAUAAAAAUAUGAAUAAAAAAAAGAUUGGAAAAGAUUCUAUAAUAAGUAAUAAUAAUAAUGAGUCUAUAAAUGAAGGUGUAAAUAAUGAGAAUAGGCCUUAUGAUAAUGUAAAUAUAGUAGACGAAGAAAAUUAUGAAAAGAAAGAAGGAGGAAAUAAAAACGAGAAGAAGGAUGAGGAGAAAAAGAACGAUGAAGGAAAUUAUAAUAAUCAAUUGAAUAAGAAGAAAAAGAAUGAUACACAAUUAAAUGUAGAAUCACAACUAGAAGAAGAUGAGAAAUAUAAGAAAAAGAAAAAAUUCAGUAAAGGAAUGAAGAAUCAGGAUGAGAAAUCCGAAUUAACAAAAGAGGAUGAAAUGUUAUUAGGAAAUGCAAAUGAUGAUAAUAUGAAAAAGAAGAAGAAAAAAAAAGAGCAAGAUGAGGAAGAAAAGGUAGGACAAAAUGGUAAUAGUAGUGUUAAAAAUAAUGAUGGUAAUAAUAAAAUUAGUACUAUACAUGAAAAUGAUGGAGUAGAAGGAAAAGAAAAACAAAAAAUAUCUUCUCAAGAAUAUAGAGGUGAUAAAAAUAAUGUUUUAGUAUCAUCCACAUUUCAUCAGAAGAAUUUUAAAGACAAAAAACAUAUGACAAGAACGGAUAAAGGAGAUAAUUAUUAUAAUAAUGUUAAUCACAUGCAUGAUUGGAGAAAUACAUCGUCUCACCAUUAUUAUACACAUCAUCAUAGUGAUAAUAUGAAGGGUGGUUUUAUGUAUCACCACAUGAAAAAUAAUAAUAGUAAUAAGAAUAAGAACAACAAUAAUAAUAAUAAUAUCAAUAAUAAUAAUAUCAAUAAUAAUGACAAUAAUAAUGAUAAUAAUAACAAUAAUAAUAACAAUAAUAAUAAUAAUAACAAUAAUAAUAAUAAUAACAAUAAUAAUAAUAAUAAUAAUAAUAAUAAUAAUGAGGUACAAAGUAAUGAUAAGACCAUGCAAGAUUUUCAAUCUUCAAUGAAAGAUAUGAAUAAAAAAAGAAGCUUUAAUAAGAAUGAUAAUAAAAAUAUGGAUGCAGUUAACAAUAAUAAUUAUAAUAAUAACCCUGUGAAUAAUAAUAUGUAUAAGAAUAAUUUUAAGUAUGACUAUAAGAAUAAUAAGGGUUAUAAUUUAAAAAUGGGGAAAGGUUAUAAAAUGCAAAACACACCAAAUAAUAACAACAACAAUAAUAAUAAUAAUAAUAGUAAUAGUAAUAAUAAUAAUAGUAGUAAUAAUAAUAAUAACAAUAGUAAUCUUAAUAAUAACAACAACAACAACAAUAAUAAUAAUAUCAAUAGUAAUAACACAAAUUACGAAUUUAAGCCUAGUGAAGGGGUAAUGGAUUCAAUGAAUAAUUUGUUCAUGUAUAAUAAUAAUGGUAAUUAUAAUUAUUUAGCUAGCUAUGGAUGUAAUUAUCCAUAUAAUAAUAAUUACUACGUUGAUGAAAAUGAGAAAUGUUAUGAUAUAUCUAAUUAUUAUGGUGGAAAAUUAUAUCCUGAAGGUUAUAGCGAGAAUAAUUUUGAUGUGCGUUAUAAUUAUAAUAUGAUGAAUGAUUUUUAUAAUUAUUUUCCAUUAAAUUAUUAUUAUUAUAAUAUGAAUAAUUUGUAUUUUAAUAAUUCAAAUUAUAAUAAUGGACCUAAUUUAUAUAAUGAUUAUAUGAAAAAUCGAAAGAAUAAAAAAUUCUUAUAUGAAAAAGGGAAAAAAAAAAAUUUUAAAAAUAUGAAUACAAAUAAUAUAUAUAAUGAAUUGAAAACUAGAGUUAUGGAAAUUUUUAAAAGAGAAAAUAUUAUGUCAGAUGAUUAUUUGUUAUAUUAUAUGUAUAAUAAUAUAAAAUUAAAUAUAGAUAUAAUAUCAAAGCAUCCAUAUAUAUCCCCUCUCAUUAAUAAUAAUACAAAUAUAUUGUUAAAUGUGUUGAAUGAUCUUAAGUGUAUCAAUUUACCUAAAAAAGAAUCUGAAUCUGACAUGGAAAAAAUGAAAACAAAUAAUGAGCAUGCUGACAAUAAUAAUGACAAUAAUAAUAAUAGUAGUGAUCCAAUUGGUGAUUUUGAUAAUAAUAAUAAUAAUGUUACUAGUGAGGAUGCCAUAUCCAAAGAUCAAAACAAAAAAUCAAGUAAUGACCAUGAGAAAGAAAAUAUUUAUAUGGAUGAACACAAGGCUGAUGAUAAGGUGCUGUCUGAUGAAGAUGAAGAAAAAAAUAUUAAUCACGACGAAAAUGAAGACAUAAAUGAGAAAAUAAAACUAGCACAAGAAAAUGAUAAAAGUAAUGAUAAUAAUGAUAAUUAUGAUUGUGAUAAUGGAUCUAAUAUAUGUAGUAAUCAAAAGAGUGAUGAUAUUAAUGUUAAUAAUGAUGAAAUAAAUAAGGAUAGUAAUAAUAUAUAUAACAAUAAUGACCAAGAAAAUAAUAAUAAUACUGAUGAUGUUGGCUUAGUUAAGAAGGAUAAUGAAAAUAAUGAUAUGUGUCAAAGUAAUAAUAAAAAACAAGAUGAUGUUGAAAUUAUAAAUAAUAAUAAUAAUAAUGAUGAUGAUGAUGUUGUUAAGAUUAAUAAAAAAAGUUAUAAUGAAAAAUUAAAUAAUCAAGAAAAUAAUAAUAAGAAUAACAAUAUUAUAUCAAGUGAUCAAAUAGGUUCAAUAAAAAUAUUGUUUGAUGAAGAUAAUAAAAACUUCUUGUUAAAUUUAAAUAAUAGAAGAAAUGUUAUAAUUAUUAGAGAUAUUAAUUCUCAUUAUAUUAAUACUAUAAAAAGUUUUGUUUUAAGUAGUCCAGGUAUACAAUCAAAUGAUGUCUUAAAUAUUAGAAGUGAUAUAAACAAUACUAUUUUUAUUACUCUAAGAAAUGAAAAAAAAACUGAAUCGUUAGCACAAUAUUUAAAAACCAAAACAAUAAAUGAUAAAAAAUUAAAUGUGAGAAUAAAGACAACUCAAAAAAUUCAAAACAUUAUUGAGAAUAAUAUAUUUAAGGCAUCAACAAGUAAUCAUGUUAUGAAUACUGCUAAUAAUAAUAUGGUUAAUGUUGCAAAUAAUAGUAACAAUAGUGUAAUAGGAAACACAAAUAUCAAUAAUUCUUCUAACAGAAAUAAUAAUAAUAAUAAUAACAAUAAUAAUAAUAAUAAUAAUAGUAAUAAUAAUAAUAAUAUGAAUUUAAAAAAUAACAAUGUUAAUAAUAAUAAUAAUAAUAAUGUAAGUAUUGCAAGUAACAAUAAUAAUAUGAACAGUCAUAUGAAUAUUUUGAAUAGUGUUGGAAGUAACAUACCUAUGAAUGGAAAACAAUUUUUUAAUUUUAAUAAUUUAUAUUUCUUGCCAAAUGCAUUAAAUACUUUUGAUAAUAAUAUAUAUUCAAAUAAUGUUAUGACUGCUGGAACUUCAACGGCAGGUUCUGCUACCAAUGCAGCAUCUACGAUUCCAUUUGAUGCUUAUAUGAAUUAUUUUAAUUAUAAUAUGAACAAUACUGCUUGUAAUAUAUUUAACCCUAUGGCUUCAUGUGAUACUUUUAAUAAUGCAUAUAAUAUGUAUACCCCUCAUCAUCACCAAGGACAUAACCACAAUUAUAAUCACAAUAACAAUCAUAACUAUCAGCAUAAUAAUAACAAUAGUAAUCAUAAUAAUAAUAAUAACAAUAAUAAUAACAAUAGCAAUAACAAUAAUAAUAGUAAUACAAAUAAUAAUACUUAUUUUCAAGGAAACGAAUUAAAAGGUAAAGGUGGCAUGUAUCCUAAUAAAGGAAUAAAAUAUGGAAGAGGAGGAGCAAACAAUGAACAUUUCAAUAAUUUGAAAUAUUAUUCAAAUAAUUAUGGUAAUUAUAACCAUGCAUAUAAUAACUACCAUGAUGGAGUUUCAAAUAGAAAUGAGCAUAUGAUAGAUGAAGGUAAUAGAAAAUAUCAGGGUGAGCAAAAUAUGAAUGAUAAUAAGGUGGUUCAUAAUAAUAGAAUGAAUCGACCUAUAAAGGUGGAUACAGAAAAUAAUAAUAAUAAUAAUAAUAAUAAUAAUAAUAAUAAUAAUAACAAUAAUAAUAAUAACAAUAAUAAGGGUUUAAAUUCAUCUGGUAACAAUACUAAUAAACAGAAUAAUAAUAAUGCAAAUAGUACAAAUAAUAAAAAUAACAAUAAUAAUAAUGACAGCAGAAGUAGUAGUAAAAAUAAUAAAAUAAAAAAUAAUAAUGGUAAAGGUAAUAAUCAUAAUAACAAUCAGGAUAAUAAUGAAAAAAAUAAUGACGAUCAUAAUAAUGAAGGUGAUAAUGACGGAAAUGGUAGUGGGCAAAAUAGUGGAAAUAAUAAUACAGGAAAUAACAAUAAUAGUAACAACAACAAUAAUAAUAAUAAUAAUAGUAAUCAUAAUAGUAAGAAUAACAACAAUAGUAAUAAUAAUAACAAUAAUAAUAAUAAUAAUAAUUCAAGCAGUAGUAAUAAUAAUAACCAUAAUGCAAAUAAUAACAGCGCAGUUAAAUUAAACGAUGGAAAUAAUUAUAAUAAACUCAAUUGUAACAAUAAAAAUGAUAAUUCAUCUAAUCAAGGAGAUACAAAAUUAAAUGAUAGAAAAAAUGGAAAAUUUUUUUUCAAUAGAAAUAAUAUCAAAAGUACAGAUAAAAAGAAUGAAGAAUCAAAUCAAUAUUCUUUAAUUGAUAAUAAAAAGAUAGAUAUAGAUAAGGAAGAAAUAUCGAAUGAAUUCGAAGUAGAAGGAGGAAAUUUAAGUGAACAAGGUGGAGAAAAUAUAAAUGAUAUUGAUAAAAAGAAAACAUAUAAAAUUGAUAAAAAAAAUAAAAAGAGUUCAACAAAUAAUAGUUUGAAUAAUGUAGAUAAUAUGAAUAAAGAUAAAAAUUUAGGUAACCAGGAUGAUAAAAAAAUAACUAAAAAUAAAAAUAAACUUGAUGAAAACCUUAACAACAGCACACAAACGUUAAAAAAAUAUUCUUAUGUAGAUAUUAUGGAUUCAUGUAAAAAAUUAACAAAUGUUGAUACUCCUGAAUGUAUUGAAAAGUUAAUGAGUGAGAAUGUUUCUCUCUUUAGAAAACAUGAUGAUAAGUUCUGUUGGAAAUUAAAUGUUUGUUAA